CACACACACACACACAACGCGAGUCAGACACGUGGGUCCACUCGUGACGUCGUUUGGUGAGCGACAGAGUCAUCUGGAGCUGCACGGACAGGGUUUUGGGUAACGUGAUUACUUUUAAACCCCCGCCUGAAAAUGGUCAAAUCGGGGAAACUUCGGUCCGGGACCGGCUCGAAACUCAAACGGUGGAAGAAAGGACACAGCAGCGAUUCAAACCCGCAGACCAGCCGCUUUCGACAGGCUGCUAAAAGCCGCUUCUUCAGCAGACCCUCCGAAAAGAGUGAUCUAACAGUUGAUGCUCUUAAGCUGCACAAUGACCUGCAGACAGGUCCUCUGGAGCUUAGUGCAGGUGGCCGUCAAGACGCCAGCAUGGAAGAGGAGCCAGAUGAGGCGCUUUCACAAAGGACCUCUGGCACCUUCCUCAGCGGCCUGUCCGACUGCUCCAACCUGACCUUCAGAAAGGUGCAGCGCUACUGGGAGUCCAACUCAGCUGCUCACAAAGAGAUCUGUGCAGUGUUGGCAGCUGUUACUGAGGUGAUCCGUGGUCAAGGAGGGAAGGAGACUGAAACGGAGUACUUUGCUGCUUUGAUGACAACCCUGGAGGUUGUGGAUUCAGCAGAAUCGCAGGCUGCGGUAGCGUACCUCCUCAACCUCGUCAUGAAACGGGUUCCUGCUCCUGUGCUCAUGUCUAAGUUUUCAGACACCACCAAGGCUCUGAUGGACGUCAUGUCUAAACAGGCCACGUCUGACACCGCCUCAGCUCUCAGAUGGAUCUUGUCAUGCCUGGCCACUUUGUUGAGGAAGCAGGAUGCAUCUGUCUGGACUUACCCAUCUACUCUGCAGGCUUAUCACGGCCUUCUCAGCUUCACAGUGCACAGCAAGCCUAAGGUCCGUAAAGCAGCACAGCAGGGUGUUUGCGCCAUUCUCAGAGGUAGUGACUUCCUGUUUACGGAUAAUGCACCAAGCCAUCACCCUGCUGCAGUGACCACAGCCAAGUUCUGCAUCAAAGAAAUGGAGCAGGCAGGAGGCAGCAAAGAGGACACCACCACACUUCAUGUUCUGGGUCUCAUGAAGGAGUUGAUGGGGACGUUUCCUCUGGGAGCUGUCAAGUCCUGCUGUGAGACUCUGCUGCGAGUGAUGACGCUCAGCCAUGUGCUGGUGACAGCGAGCGCCAUGCAGGCCUUUCAUAGGCUGUUCAGCGGGAAGCCAAAUGCAUCGACCCUCUCACCAGAACUCAAUGCACAGAUCAUCACGGCUCUGUAUGACUACCUGCCCAGUGACAAUGACCUGCAGCCUCUGCUGGCCUGGCUUUCUGUCAUGGAGAAAGCACACGUUCACUUGGCGAGUUUGCAGAGUUCUCUGAGUUUGGGACACCUCCCUCGCCUCUUCUCUGCUGCCACGUCCUGCCUGUUGUCGCCCCACACACAGGUGGUUUCUGCAGCCACCAAUACACUGAAGACUUUGUUGACUGAAUGUGUUGGCCCUCGCAUGGAGGAAAUGGGCAUGAUCACGCCCACAGCCUCUGCAGGAAACCCCUCAUAUGUCUGCAAAAUGUUCCGCAUCGUAGAAGAGGGACUGUCCUAUCGCUUCCAUGCCUCCUGGCCUUUCGUGCUGCAGAUCCUGGGCUGCUUCUAUCGAGUUGCAGGGAAACGGGCUCACCCUAUCAUGACCAAGUCACUGCAGUCUCUGGCAGACCUGCGCUCCACUCCUCAGUUCCCCUUCAGCGGUGAGUUGGACCUGGCUAUAGGAGGAGCUGUAGAGAGCAUGGGGCCUGAAGUUGUACUGGGUGCUGUGCCUCUCAACAUCACCGGCUACGAGGAUGACUUGGAGUUCCCACGCAGCUGGCUGGUCCCGGUCAUACGGGAUCACGUGAAGAACACUCACCUCGGUUUCUUUGCUUCUUAUUUCCUCCCUCUGGCUUCUACGCUCAAGCAGAGAGCUGAUGAGUUGGAGGAAGCAGGGCAGAAACUUGAAGCCAAAGUCUACCAGACGUUACAGCUACAGAUUUGGACCAUGCUCCCUGGCUUCUGUACAUCUCCUGUGGACCUGCUGACCUCCUUCAAAGGCAUCGCCCGUGUACUCGGCAUGGCUAUUAACGAACGGGCAGACCUGAGACUCACAGUGUGCCAGGCUCUACGCACCAUCAUCACCAAGAGCUGCUCCACUGAGGAAGAAAAGGUAGAAGUGGGCCGCUUCUCCAAGAACUUCCUGCCAAUCUUUUUCAACGUAUACAGCCAGCAGCCUGCAGCCGGCGAGUCCGGCACCUACAGAAUGGCUGUACUAGACACCAUCAAGGUCUACUUAACUGUCACAGAAACACCGAUGAUCUGCACAUUCCUGCAAAAAGCUACAGACAGACUGAGCAGCGCAGACAGCACAGAGUUCACACGGCUCUCAAUGAUGGACCUUGUGGUUGCCAUGGCGCCCUCAGUAGACGAGGCCACCAUGACUAAAACCUUUGAGCUGAUUAGGCCAUAUUUGGAGAGCUCCAAAGAGCCAGGCAUGCAGAAGAAGGCGUACCGUGUGCUGGAGGAGAUGUGCGGAGGAGAGAGCGACGAGUGUAGGUCGUUUGUCGUGGCAAAUCUGGAAACACUCAAAGUUGUCCUGCUCGAGACUCUGAAAAACGCCUCUUCACCUGCAAAGAGGCCGAGACUGAAGUGUCUGAUCCACAUCGUGAAAAGGCUCAGCGAAGAACACAAAGACUUUAUCUCUGCUCUGCUUCCAGAGGUUAUUAUAUGUACCAAAGAGGUGUCUGUUGGGGCUCGUAAGAACGCCUACAAUCUACUGGUGGAAAUAGGAAACGCAUUUGUCCGGUUCUGUGGGAACGCAAAAGAUGCCAUGGACCAGUAUUUGCUGUUGGUGUACGCAGGACUCACAGGCUCUGUGACCAUGAUCACCUGCACAGUGUUGGCGCUAACUCGGCUCAUGUUCGAGUAUAAAGACGCCAUAGACGUGGCCACCAGAGAGCAGCUGCUUCACAAUAUUUGUCUGCUGCUGUCGUCUCGUACCAGAGAGAUCGUCAAAGCCGCCUUGGGCUUCAUUAAGGUCAUCCUCUUCAUCAUGGACCCCAAGACGCUGGCGUCACAUGCCACUGUCAUGAUGGAAGGCGUUGGGAGCAUCAAAGACGAUGUGAGGAGACACUUCAGAACCAAACUGAAGAACAUCUUCACUAAGUUCAUCAGAAAGUUUGGUUUUGAGCUGGUGAAGAGCAUGUUGCCUGCAGAACACCACAAGGUGCUCGCAAACAUCCGCAAGGCUGAGGCUCGCACCAAGAGGCGAAAACAGGCCGCAGAGCAGCAGGACGACUCGGAGAGCGAAGAGGAAGCACCUAAAGCAAAGAGCAAAAGUAUUGAGGAGAUCCUUGCAGAGUCAGACAGCGAUUUGUCAGAUGACGAAGGAAAGGCCGGUAAUGCUCAGAAGAAGGCAGGCAAACCGCAGAAAGGACGGGCCUGGCUCAAAGAAGGAGGGGAAGAUGACCCACUUAACUUCCUGGACCCCAAGGUUUCCCAGAGAGUGCUAGCUACAAACCCGGCAAUGAAAAAGAGUGCCAAGGUUGAGCACGGCUUCAAAGUGACGUCAGACGGGCGGUUGAUCAUCAGAGAGGAUGACGAGGAGGAUGUAAAGGACAAAGACGAGGGAGAGAUGAAAGAUAUCCUAGAAGAGGCUGGAGUCAAGAGUAAAAAGACACAGAAAAGAAAGUUCCGAGAUGACAACUUUGAUGAAGACAUGGACAUUGAGCCUGAUCUCAAAUAUAAAGCCGGAGGCUCGGGUAUUCACAGACCCCUGGGAGGAAGGGAAGACAUUGGGGGAGACUACAAGUCAAAGAAAGGAAAAGGAGACGUGAAGAAAAAAGGAAAGCUCGAUCCUUACGCGUACAUCCCUCUGAAGAAGGCCCAGCUCAAUCGCAGGAAGCGUGCAAAACUGCAGGGCCAGUUCAAGGGCAUGGUGAGAGGAGCACAGAAGGGGGCGCUGUCUGGGAAGAAAAUGCAGAAGAGAAAGGGGAAAGCCUGAAGAACAUGCUUAUACUACUCCAAGGACUUGAAAUGCGAUGCGUGUGUGUGGUGGUGUGUUCAUAAACAUACUAAAAUGUAGACAUACACCUUGGAUGUGUGUGUCUGUGUGUGUCUGUGUGUGUGUUUCAGACAGCCUGGAGGUGAAACCAGUUUGUUUUUAAACUGUUCCAUCUUUGUAAGCUCUAGGACAACUCAAUAAUAGGUAUGUGUGUGUUGAAUGUGCCGUCCUGCCUUGAUGGAUAUUGACAGACUAAAGAGAAAACUGUGACCUGCUGUGUAUGCAUCAGUUAAACUCUCCCUUUAGAUAAACAAAAAUGUAUUUAUGUAUGAACAUUGUCUAGAUAUGUAAGAUGUACAAUAAGUCUGGAGAAGGUUUGUGGAGAGUAAUGUCCUAUUUGAACACUUGAGGGCGCUGUAGACUUCCUGCUUGUUAACAGUGUAUAAGAGUACUCCUGAAUACAUUUAAAAUGAUUUAAAUACAAAUUUAAAACAG